CAACGCUAAGAUACUACAGGUCGGAAAAGGGAAUGUGACAGUCACGAUCACAAAUUUGGCACUUUUUUUUUUUUUUUCAAAGUGAACCAGAUCUUACUUUAGCCCUUCAGUUAACAGCACAAUGGCGAAUCCUAGACAGAGAAAGAUGAACAGAUCUGGUAAUCGGGUUACCCGAAGGACCGCCAACAAGCAUAAGAAGAAGGUCGUCAUAACUGGCAAUGACAUUAUAAAAGCCAACUGGGACAAGAAGAAGACGCUGCGACAAAACUACGAAAAGCUCGGUUUGCUCACAUCGUUGAAUGGAACAACAGGAGGAAAGGAGAUUUUGAAUACUGUUAAGCCUGAGGAAGCAGAAGAGCCUACCGAGUUGAAGGAACUUACAGAAGAAGAAAUUGAAAAGUUGAAGAAGACACUCAAGCCUGGUGAAGGUUUUAUUCAAAGAGACGACGAAGGCAAUGUUGUUCGAAUCAUUGUUGGUGACAGAAAAUCGCACGAUGAGAUCCUCGAAGAGGAAGCAGAGAAGGUUGAAGCCAAGACCGACGUUGUUCGAGCUCUUGAGGAACAAGCUGCCAAUGCACUCGUCGUUGAACGACACCAGACCCAAUUCGAAUCAGAUUGGGUUGCUCAGCUGAUUGCAAAGCAUGGAGACGACUACGAGGCCAUGUUUUGGGACAAGAAGCUCAAUGAAUACCAGCAAACCGCUGCUCAACUGAAGAAGAAAUGCCAGAAAUACCUUAAAUCUAGGUCACAGCAGUAGAAUGUUUUUUUUUAUGUCAUUUUUGUACAAUACUGUUUUUGAUAAAGCACUAUCACAUUAUUUUUUUGAAUUUAUACGAUCAGAG